AUGGUUGUGCUCGUCGUCCGCCCUUGUGACCAAGCUGACCGUCGUCCACGAGGGUAUAAGUACAGUGCCACAAACUCUGAUGUUCAUUGUCUUCAGCUCUGUUUGAGGAUGCUGCUGAAGGCACACUUACUAUGUGCCUGUAGCGUUUGGGAAGCCGUUUUCGCCUCCCAGCUCGUUACGCUCCCAAAGAUUUCUUCUCGUCCGUCCAAUGCAUCGCAGAUACUGGAUCGAAGCCUUGCCUCACUUUCUAUAGAAUUCGCAUUUCUUGAUGUGUUUGGAGGCAACAACUCGAAUCCUAACAUCUUGACGAGGGAGUUGAUGCAGAGGUUGGUAGAGAGGACCGGAGUAGGUCCAGAUAUCCGACCUGGGGGCAUUACCAUAGAUAGCUCGGUAUUCAGUGAACACGGACCCUCCUUGCUGUUGGCAGAAAACCCGUCAGGCGGUAUUUAUCGGUCCACCUAG